AUUACCCCCUCCCCUUCUCUCUCUACCUCUCUCUCUCUCUCUCUCUCUCUCUCUCUUCUUAAUAAGCAGCGUCUGCAUCCCCCCAAUGGAUUCAGAUCUGCUUGAUCAGCUCUCGUUUGGGAAAGACCCAUUGUCAACCAAGGCUCUGUUUCAAAGAUUUUGAUGCAGAAAGAAUGGCAGAGACUGAGUUAAGAAUCAUGGAGAAGAGGGAAUCACUGUGAAAAAGAUACGGAAACUGAUCAAACAUCUUCUCUCCAACCCAAGAUAGAAAGCAAAGUCUCAGCCUUUUUCGGCUCUCUCACUCAUACAACUCUUUUUAGGGACAAAGGAGAAGAUAUAAAAAGCUGUCCUUUUUAGUGGGUAAAUGGGCUUUUAAAGCCUGCUCUGUUUUUCCAGCUCCUAUAGUACACAGUCUGAGUCUACUUCAACAUAUAACAGACAGAGAAAGAGAGAGAGAUAUCAGAGAAAUUUAUGGCUUUAAUUAUAAGUUACGAAGGGUAGAGGGUUGCAGAAGCAGAAGAUAGCAGAAAAGGGUAUUCUUUUUCUUUUUUUCUUUCUUUUAAGAGAGAGAGAGAGAGAGGGAGGAAGAUGCAUAAUACUCAAAAGGGUUUUUGAAAGAGAAGCUUUUGAAAAAGAAAAAGAAAAUCGGAAAAUAUUCACGGGAUUGUCAGUGGGUAAUUGGGUGUCUUUCAUUUUGAGUACACGUUGCUCCAGAAAGUUGAGAUUUUUAGCGAGAGAGAGAGAGAGUAGAAAUAGAUAGAGAGUGAAGCGGUGGUGGUGGUGCCUUUUGUUGUUGUAGUUUUGCCAAGUCUAGUCAGAAGACAAAGUGGGAGUAAAUUCGGCGCUUUUUUUGAAUUUAAGAUUUUAAGGAGGCGCUGUGAAGUGAAGUAGUGGGGGCAUCUGGUUCUUCACGAGGUGCUGUCAGAAUUUCACCAAAGAAAAUAAAAAACCAAGUUUUAUCCUGAUUUAUAUUUUAAGCUUGUAUCUUCAGAUUCUAGAGAGAGAGAAAGAGCACAAAUAUGGGGAGAGCUACAAGAUGGUUGAAGGGCUUGUUGGGGAUGAAGAAAGAGAAAGACCAUGUUGACAAUAAAAGCACUACGUCUGGUGAUCGGAGGGAGAAGAAACGGUGGAGUUUUGCCAAGUCGGGGAAAGACACGGGUAGUACAAUUGGUCAUGUUCCAAACAAUCAUCCACCAAAUGUUCCUGUCCCCGACUCUGCUUGGCUCAGAUCCUAUCUUGCUGAGUCAGACAAGGAGCAGAACAAGCACGCAAUUGCGGUGGCUGCUGCCACUGCAGCCGCUGCUGAUGCCGCAGUGGCCGCAGCUCAGGCGGCCGUGGCGGUUGUGAGGCUGACAAGUCAAGGCGGUGGACUCAUGUUUGGAAAAAAAGAGAGAUGGGCUGCAAUGAAGAUUCAAACUGUUUUCAGAGGCUAUCUGGCACGAAAGGCGCACCGAGCUCUUAGAGGACUGGUUAAGUUACAGGCUCUUGUUAGAGGCUAUCUUGUUCGGAAACGGGCUGCUGCUACUCUUCACAGUAUGCAAGCUCUUUUUAGAGCACAGACAACUGUCCGAUUCCAGCGAGCACGUCGUUCUUUCAAUAAAGAGAACAGGUUCCUACCUGAAAUCAAAGCCCGAAAGUCCGUUCAGGAAAGAUUUGACGACGCAAGAAGUGAAUUUUAUAGCAGGAGGCUAUCUGCAACUUAUGAAACUUCCAUUAAUGGCUUUGAUGAAAGCCCGAAAAUUGUGGAAAUUGACACAUUCAAAACCAGAUCCAGGUCUCGUAGAUUCAACACCAUACUAUCUGAAUGUAGUGAAGACCUGCCUUACCAAACAAUCUCAUCACCACUUCCCUGUCCAUUUCCAACCCGUAUUUCUAUACCUGAUAGACAGCAGCCUCAAGAUUUUGAAUGGUGCUUUAAUGGCGACGAAUGCAAGUUCUCUACUGCACACAACACUCCGCGGUUCACAAACUCUUUUCGAUCCAAUGCUCCCAGUACACCAGCCAAGAGUGUUUGUGGAGACAGCUUCUUUCGGCCUUACUCAAACUUCCCAAACUACAUGUCAAGCACUCAGUCAUUCAACGCAAAGUCAAGGUCCCACAGUGCCCCUAAGCAAAGGCCGGAACCAGGGCCGAAGAAGAGGCUUUCGCUUAUUGAAAUGAUGGCAGCAAGAAACAGCAUAAGCGGCAUUCGAAUGCAUCGAUCAUGUAAUCAAGUCCGAGAAGAAGAAGAGGAAGAAGUCUUGAAUUAUUGAGCAAGCUGCAAUGAGAAGGGUCCUCUGUCUUUGGUUAAAAUCAGGGAGGGCUUUUGCAUAGAAGAUGGUAAAAAAAACAGAUUGGAGAGAGGAAGAACCUCUCUAUGCCUUAUUUUCCCCACUUUAGUAUUAAAAAUGAAUAGGGUAGAACACAGAGUGCUUGUGUAAAUUCUUUGUUUUUUCUUUCCAUUUACCUUUUUCUCAACAGUUUCUUUCAAAUUGUGUCUUAUGAUCUA